AUGGAUCUGAUAUCGCUGCCGCCGUGUUCCCGACGAUUGGAAAGCGGGAAAAUGACAACCAGUGAACAUCACCAAUGUGCGAUGGGAGUAACAAGUGGCCUUUCCCCUACUACGACGAUUAAAAUCUCAACAACUUAUUUGAAGACACCCGUCAAAACGGAUCGAGAGAUCCUGGAAAACUCCAUGCUGGAGGACGACCCGAACUCAAACACUAUUCCUGCCAGUGCGGAUGCGAUGAAUGGUGUUCUCUCGGAACCGAAUGGCCACGGCGGCGGUGUCGACGUCUGUAGCACGCUGCACAAGCGACCACGUUGGGGACCACAGCACCGGGGUGCUCAGGAAUUAGCGAAACUGUACAGCAGCGGCAAACGUACUCAGGAAAUCAUCUGUGUCUACAUCUGCAUAACGCUGAUGCUGAUUAAUUUGUUUCUCAUCGUUAAACAUUUUCGCCUGGAAAGGGUGAGCAAAGUAGUGGUGGCGGCUGCGUUCGGGAUUCUUACCGCUGACUUUGGUUCUGGUCUGGUGCACUGGGGAGCCGACACCUGGGGAUCGGUAGAUCUUCCGAUCGUGGGAAAGAACUUUCUGCGACCAUUCCGAGAACAUCACAUCGACCCGACGUCCAUAACGAGGCAUGAUUUCAUCGAAACCAACGGUGAUAACUUCAUGGUGGCGCUGCCCAUUCUCGGCAAGCUGGCGUGGAACUUUUUCACCCGUUCCAAUUCGGAGAUCCAGCAGGAGUACGCACUGAGUGCGUAUCUGUUUCUUUGCUCCAUCUUCAUUGCGAUGACAAAUCAGAUACAUAAAUGGUCCCACACCUACUGGGGUCUGCCCGGGUGGGUGUUGUUUCUGCAAAACCAUCACAUCAUCCUGCCUAGGCGACAUCAUCGGAUUCAUCAUGUUGCCCCGCAUGAAACGUACUUCUGUAUCACCACGGGUUGGCUCAAUUGGCCGCUGGAAAAGAUUAGGUUCUGGUCUGCUCUGGAGGCUAUCAUCGAAACCUGCACCGGUCAUAAACCACGAGAUGAUGACUUGAAGUGGGCACAGAAGCGGACAUGA